CUUGAUCUCAUGAAUGUGAGAGCAGCAAGUGCGAAAUCAGUCGAAGGAGGCAAUGAAGUGAUCAAUCACGAGUGGAAUUCCAAAACGAAAAUUCUGUGCCUACUUGAAUCGGAUUGACGGCAGUGCAAUUUGUGUCGAAGAAAAAGGAUUAGAACCGAUUCCGGAAGUGGAGGGGAAAUGUUACAACAGGGAUAUUACGAUGUCGUGCAGGCACAUUCGGAAGUGUCGUCGGGAAGUGAAUCGAACAACAAUACUCCGUUUUCGGUGAAAGAUAUUCUCAACCUGGUGGACCAAAAUGCUGCGGCGGCAGCUGCGGCCGCUGCAGAAGCGGAUUAUCUAGGAUGUUCCUUGGAAAGUUCGUCAACUUCACAUUUGGGAUUAUCCUAUCCCGGUUAUGAGACCUCAUACCCUCCCCACAACGACCCAUAUCAGAUGAUACCGCACGGGUACAUUCCUGCAUCACACCAUCACCACGACUACUCGAACUAUAGCCCGUCACCCAGCACUUGUUACGACUAUAACUCCGUUUCCGCACCUCCACCGCACUACCACCAUCAUCCGUUACCAUCCUACAGCUCAUACCAUCAUCAUUCGUCCUCCAUGAUAAACGGAGCUGCUGCGGGAAUGAGUUCCAGCAGCAGCCAUUCUGACCUCGAGAUGUCCUUGGGAGUGGUUGUGGAUUCGAAAGAAUGCUCCUUCCAAAUCGAAGAUGUCCGAUCUACGAACCCAGCAGCAAUGAGCGGUAUUGAAUUGGAUACAAACUCAAUCAACACUGAAUCAACCCUGGAUGAUGGAACCCAAAACAGCCCUCAGACGUCAACAGUGAAGAUGAAGGACAAUGCCAGUUUCCAAACUACACAAAGUAGCACAAAUCGUGUCACCUCUGAGCACGUCCAAGAGCUUGACAGCCUCUGCCAGAUGAGCGCUGGUCAGGAGGAGGCAACGCAAAAAGAAUGCAACACCCAACUGGUAACGUCAUCACGUUGUGAACUUCGCAAAAAUGGAAAACUGCGGGCGAAACGGAAACCACGCAUCCUUUUUUCCCAAGGACAGGUGCUGGAGUUGGAACGAAGAUUCCGUCAGCAGCGGUACCUGUCCGCUCCGGAACGGGAAACGCUGGCAGGAAUCUUGAAGCUUACUCCCACACAGGUCAAAAUCUGGUUCCAAAACCGUCGAUACAAAUCCAAACGGAUACAGAUUGAGAAUGCAACUGCUGCAAAAGAAGCCGCCAGCAAGGAAGCCGAGAAGAGCAAGAAUGUGUCCACCGAAUUUAUCGACGGGGCUGUUGGAGGAUAUUCGAAUGGAUUUAGUGCGAUGGGUCCUGUAUCAGCCGUGGUGCCUCAGCCUCCCCCUCCUCCCCCGUAUCCCACCUAUGGCAUACAGUACAGUAGUGACCAGUAUGGACCACCCCCGAAUCCGUACUAUGAUCAGAAGGGAUAUUGGUAGCGGCGGUAAUGGGUAGCUUUAAAUUGUGUACAUACAAGUGCUUUAAUUGAAUA